AUGGAUGAAGGAAAAGCUCAGGACGAUUCGUCUUUGGAAGAUUCCGCAAACGAUUUGUCCACAAACGAAACCAUUCAAGUGGAAGGUACGAAAUUUGAUGGAAUGCUAAAAAUUCUUCCACUCAAUGACGAUUUUCCUCUGCAAAUAAGAAACUACAUGGAUUACACAGCUAGUCAUGACGACUAUGGCUAUGAUAACACCAGCGAGUACCCGCCCUACAAAUGGUACCAAAAGUGGCCAGCUUGCGGAGGUUAUGAACAAAGUCCAAUAGAUAUUAAGCCAUCGGACUGCAAAUCAGACUACAGCCGCUACCCAUUCAGAUUUCAUUACUUCCACUCAUUCAUAACUGAGGCUUUCAUUGAAAAUAAUGGACAUUCCAUCCAAAUCACGUUCGCUUUCAAAGGCACAACGCCAAUGAUAACUUCGGGAUUAGGUUCCUAUCAAAAUCACCAUUACUAUUAUGGAACAAAGUACAAAUUUGCUCAACUGCAUUAUCACUUUGGGAAGACAAACGAUGUUGGAUCCGAACACACAAUCAAAUCCAAAUCAUAUUCCAUGGAAUUGCACUUGAUCUUCAUCAAGAGUUAUUACAAAAGUAUCGAACAAGCCGCUCUAGAUCGCAACGGUUUGCUUGUUAUUGCUGUUCUCUUCGAAAUUGCCGAGAAAGCCGAAAGCUUACCAUUUGUGGAAUACAUUGAUUACGUAAGGGAAGCUGGAAAGAGAAUCCGAGUGCGAUAUCCUGGCUUCAAGCUUACUAACUUCUUCAAAAGGUCAAAGUCCUAUAUUCGCUACCAUGGCAGCUUGACUUCGCCGCCGUGUUCUGAAGCUGUGCAAUGGCUAAUCGGCUCAAAUAUUCACAAGAUCAGUCAUAGAGACAUAGAAAAACUUCGCGAACUGCAGAAGUUUGGCGCCAGCGGAGAUUCAAUGGCUGGAAAUUAUCGUCCUUUGCAGCAAAGAUAUGGUCGCUCGUGCUACACUUCAAAGACACAAUAUUGA